UACCAAAACAAUUGGGUUGGUGUGCACGAACAAGUUGUGAAAAUUGAACAGAUGUAUAUUAUAUGUAGCUUGGAUAUUUCUCAGGAUAACUUAGGAAUACGUUGGAUUUUGUGAGACAUUUUCUAAACGUACAGUUCAUUUAUCUGGAGUACUUCCAUCAGAUGGUCAAAAACAUGGCAAAGGUAUUAUUUCCACAAGCGCUUUUAGCAAGUCUCGUCAGGAUGGUUUUGUUAAUGAGGAGUAUGAUCUUCCUAAUCAACGCGUUCGGUUUGGUGACCUUGAAUUUGAAGAUUCGUCAUCAGUUGCGAUAGAAGAUCCAGAAGGAGAUUUCACUGCACUUGACAGCAUUAUGAAUCGUUUUGAAGAAAAGCAAAAGCGGCGAGAGCAGGAGAAAAUUAGUGAGGAGUUUUCCGAGAUUAAAGCGAGAAUGUCUGAAUUGUUAGAAGAUUAUGGCGACAUAGAAGACACUGAUGAAUUUGAUAUCAGAAUGCUAACAGAUCCUGAUGGUUUUGGAAAGAACAGCGAGUCUAUGGUACUUCGAGCCAUCAUCGACGAGAGCCUUGUCGAAUUUACAUCGGCAUGUCAAGAUAAAGAAGAAAUUUUGUCAAACAUCCUGGAAUCCUUGGAAAUGGAAGAUGUUCUUGAUAAUCUUCAGCUAACGGUAAUAGAUGACAUUGAUGAUAUCUCGUCAGAAUUUACUUACGCAAUUGAACUGAUGAAUAACAGAACCCAAAGGUUGCAAAGAAUUUUUCAUAAACUGCUUAGAAUAUCAAGAACACAACCACUUUCUCAUGAACAGGAAAAUCGCGAACAAAAAUUACAUGAAACAAACCUACAAAAAAAAGUUGUAGGACAAUUCAAAAAGUUACAUGAUAUGAAGAGCCAACGCAAGGAGAAGGUUGAUACCUGGAAGUAUGCAGCAUCUGAGAUCGUUGAUUUAUUAAAAUCUGUUCGGAAACAAGGUGCGACAGAUUUUGGGAGGUUAGAAAAGGAAUUUGAGAAGCUUUUAAAUGCAUUUAAAUUGCAAACCCAAUGUGUAGAUGAUUUGCAAAGUAGUGUUGAUAAACAAAAAGAAAUGCUGCAGCAAUCUGAAGCUUUAAAAGAGAACGUGAAAAAAGAAAAUCAUAUUUUACAAGAUGAAUACGAUCGCUGCAGAAUGAAAUUGAAAACUGUUGAGAUGAAAUGCAGCAAACUUGAAUCGCGCCUAAGAGAAGUACUCGACGAAAAUGAAAAGCAAAAGGAAAUAAUGAAAAGAAGUGAAGAGGAAUCACAGCAGAAAAAGAAUUUAUUAGUCAGUAGCGAUUAUAAAGAAAGUGAACUUAUGGCAAAAAUUGAAAAGUUGGAAGAAAAGUUAAAGAAAUGCGAGGGCGAAUUGAAGCAAGAGAAACGGAGAAACGAAGAAUUGUUAACUCAGGAGAAGACAGAGGUUAAGAUUGAAAAAGUAAAGGAACCUGAAAAGGAUGAGAUCGAAAUAAAACUGAACAACACAAAUACAGAACAGACUGAUGUUGAUUGCAUAAAGUGCAAAAGCUUUCAAAGAGAAAUUGUUGUUUCGGUUGAAAGGUAUAGGAAAUUGGAAAUUAUUUGUGAAUCUUUGAAAGCACAAGUGUCUUCUAUAUCAGACAAGAAAGAAAAAAAUAAUACAGAAGUUGUGACAACUGGAAAUAAUAAGAAAGAUGAGCAGGACAGCGAAAUUGAUAAUGUUGACGAAGAUGAACCAAAUGAUACUGUCAAUCAAGUGAAGACAGAAGCGAAUAACGAGGAAUUUGUUAAUACACCUUUAGAGGAAUCGGUAGAUUCCAGCGUUCAGGACGAAACAACGGUAGAGCAAAUGUCAUCUAUUAGUGUUAAACCAGUUUUGAGCAACAAAUCAAUUCAAGUGGAAAUGGCGAAGCAGCCCAAUUUUAUAUGUGAAAAAUGUGAAUCUGCAGAUGCUCCUCAAGGAAAGUGGAAUGACAGGAGAGAAGACAGGCCACAACACGAAGACAGGGCAUCUUCACCUUUACCUGAAGAAGAUUUUGCAUUCUUGCAUAAAAAAAUAUUUGCGUUUGUUAAACUUGCCAGCAACUUGAGUAAAGAGAAGAAAAGCGACCCUUUGGAUAUUCAAGUUACAAUGCCAUCAACAUCAGAUGAAGGAACAGAAAGAAGUAAUGAAGAGAAAGAAAUGUCAAAAUUGCUUUCACCUCCAAACGCACACGUACAAGCUCAAAGAAGCAACGAGUUAAAAAAGAUGGAAAAUGUAUUAGCAAAUGCAGGAAAUGAUGAAAGAAGCGAUAAAAAUGAAACAAUUUCAACAUUACCACACGCACAAGAAUAUAGUAAAACUGAUAGUUCUGAACUUCAACCUGACGAGGAUGGUUUACACAGAAGUUGGACUGAGAGUGGGUUUUUUGACAAUCAAAAUCUUGCUAAUCAGGACAAAAGAGAUGCCAAUGAAAACGAAUCUAAAUGGAAAUUGAUAAAAAGAGACAAGUUAGCGCACGUGAUACACUUUUUAAACAGCAUUGCACAAACGAAAUGUUCGCAUUUAAAAGAGAAAGUUACUUUCUUGAAUGACAACAUACAUGGAAAAGAGGAAAAGGUGAAGUCUGAAUUAAAUGCUUUUGCUGAACACGCAGUAGAAAUAUUAGGCAUAAUAUCUUUUGUAGUCCAAAGAAUGAAGCACAAUUCUAAAAUUGUAAUGGAGGAACCACCGGAAACCAUGAUGACAAAAGUAAGAUCAACAUGGCAACCCAUUUAUUCUCCAAUUCAUGAAACUAAAAGGAGUAGUAUUGAAGACAGGAAGACCUUGCAAUUUAAGGAACCAGAAAUUCCACCUGCAGAAAUGUUCUUCCCAGACAUACCUAUACCAAGUCUUGUAAAAAUAGAAGAACCCUCACCACCUCCGCAUCAAGUUAAUGCUGUACCGGCAUCCAGAACGAAAAUGAGCAGUGCCAAGAAGAGGUCUGCAUUAGUGGCUGAGAAAAAGCGACAGAAGAUACUUGACCGCCACAAAAAGUUAGUCGAACGAUUAAGAGCUAGCGGAUGUGGUCUAAAACAAAUAUAUACAAUCCUUGGAAUUAAAAAAAGACCAAGUGAUGAAGAGAUGGAAGAAGAUAAUAGACGAUACAUGGAGAAGCACACGCCGUCAUUCCGACACCAAUGGCAUGGCAAAGAAACAACUCGUCGAAUAUCACUGGUAGGUCAUGCUUACCAAAAAAGACCAUCAAUAGCACCUAUUCAUCAUCAACAAACCAUGAUAAAUCACCCGGCGAUGUUAAACCCAUCACAAACCAACUCGAUAAUGUUGAAUUCUCCGCUGACUAAUUCGAUGAUGGUAAAGUCGCCAAAAACCAACUCGACAAUGUUGAAUUCGCCACAAACCAAUUUUGGACAGGUUGGUAUGAAGCAACAUCUUCCAAAAGUUGGCAAUCAUACGCUCAAACAAUAUCAACAAUUGCGCAUCGAAUCUUCAAAUCGUCACACGAAAGCAGAGCUUCCUACAACUUCAGCAAAUAGACGACGCAUGACUGUUUUUCCGCCAAUCAGCACGAAGAAUAUGACAGCUCCAAUUACAAUGAACAAUUUUUUAAAGACAAAGCCGUUAACAAGCUACAAGCAAAUUUAAACAUGAAUAAAUAUAAGCACAU